AUUAGUUUGCCUUUUGUUUUUUAUCGCAUCAUUUCGAAGUAAAAAUGCAUUGGACAAUCUUCUACAUCUGCGUACCACUUUUGUGCUGUGCUGCAGUGAACAUAAAGGCUUUGACGGAGUCCAUGGGGCAAGAAGUCAUCGAAAUGGAUGCGCCUAUAAAAGAAUUGCCGCCAGAAAUAGAAGAAGAACCGUCAGCUGAAAAUGAGUCAGAAAUAAAAUCUGUCGCGACAACUAUAUCGUCUUCUACCAAAAGUACUACGAUAAAAGAAACUAAACGUAAACUGAAAGAAACAGAUAGAACUAGAAGUAAUCAAGAGGAAGAGGAAGCAAGAAUCGAGAAGGAAUUAGCCGAUUUAUACAAGGAUUCUUCAGAUUAUAAAGCGGAUAGUGCAGAAGUGUCUAAAGAUUCGCAUCUCACAACACAGGCUAGCACAGCUCAGAGUGAAACCGAAGAUGAUACAUUAAAGCCGGUUGCUAGAGCGAGAGAGGAUUUCAAAUUCCAACCUGAUACCAACAACAAAGCUGAUGUAGAACGAUUCAGAACUUCUGUGGACAUUAUCAGCUGCGACAAGCAAAGACUUACUGGAGCUACUGUAACAAUGUCACCACUAUCGUCAGCCGGACAUCAAUUCAUUCCCAGUGCACGCCCCAUAGAGAUUAGCUCGGCGUUUGUUACAAUAUUAUCAAAGUUCUGA